AGAAUCGUUCGGUGUCGGUUUACCGGUGUCCGUGGAUGUGACGGUAGAAUGGGCGAAUCCCGCUGGAUCUGACUGGAACUGUGGAAAUGGAUCCCACGUUCUCACAAGGAGACAAAGAUACGGUCUCUGUGGAGGAUGUGGGGCCCAUGCACGUGAGGAUGCGCGAGCGUCUGCUGUGGGACGAGCCGAUGCAGUUCUCCUGGCUGAUGGAGGCCGAGUCGUUCACCUCCUCCCUCCAGACGGGGGGUCCCGCGGCAGCUGGCAUGACCCUGGAGCAGAAGACCACCUUUGCCUUCGUCAUUUUCCUCUUUGUCUUCCUCUGUAUGCUGAUCGUGCGCUGUUUCCGCAUCCUGCUGGACCCCUACCGCAGCAUGCCCACCUCCACCUGGGCUGACGGCCUGGACGGCCUCGAGAAGGGCCAGUUUGACUACACACUGGCAUAGAUCACACACACAAUACACACUCACACACAAACCUCUUAUGGCACUUUUCCACUGCACGUUAUAGUUCGACUCAACUCUACUCGCU